ACACUUUGGCCUCCCGAACUGCCGCCAUGGCAGAUGAUACUGCGGACAAUUCCAUUGGCAACAUCACUGGAAGCAAUACUGUGAAUGUCCUGCUGGGAAUGGGAAUCAGCUGGACCUUAGGCUCCAUCUAUUGGGCCACUCAGGGGGUCACGGACGAGUGGAGAAACUACCAGACUGCACAAGGGAGCUAUGAGCAGUUGUACUUGAAGGACAAUCCUGAAGGAGGAUUUAUUGUCGUCGGAGGCGCCAUUUCCUUCUCCGUGACCGCCUUCUCGGUCCUUGCCAUGCUCUGCGUGGCCCUGCUCUUCACCCGACGUCAAAUUUAUGGUGGAGAGUUGGGUGGACCCAAACCUGCGCAGAGGAGAGAUAGUAUGAUUUGUUUGUUCCUUUGGGUUCUGUUUCUAGUGGCAAAUAUCGUGCAACUUGGUGGCACCACCGGUGUCGCGGCAUUCUCAGAAACCCAUCAGGAGCAAUCCCAAGUUGGCAAAGCCAAG